CAUUGUUCCGCCAAACCGCUCCGGCGAGGUCAAGAGAGCCAACCAUGUCCAACUUGCUGCCACUUCUGCCCUCGCACUUCACGCCGCGCGAACGCUCCUACUCGCAGUCUGCCGCCCUAGCCAGAUCCGCAUCUGCAUCCCCGUCUGCAUCCACGGCCCGCCCGCAGUCCGCAGUUCAAUUGCCGCCGCCGGGUCACAACCUCGCCAUGAACGGGACGCCCAGUCAAGGGUCGGGCCUACGUUACCCCUCGAACAAGAAGACCAUAUACGACCGCAACCUGAACCGGAGCAAGAAUGCAGAGCUCAGCCGCGCAGCCUUUGCCUACCUCUUUAUUGAAAUGAUUGCCUAUGCGCAAAAGGGCGCAAAAGACGUGGGCGGCUUAGAACAAAGACUCAACAGCCAAGGCUACCCUAUCGGCCUCCGUCUUCUGGAUCUCCUCCUCUCCCGCACCGCCAACCCCCUCGCCUCCAUCCGCCCCACACGCAUCCUGCCGCUCCUCCAGUUCAUCGCCCAGCAACUGUACCGCUACCUGUUUGGCCGCCCCGCCGACGCCCUCGAAAAGUCGGGCACAGACCCGGGACAGUACAUGCUGUUUGACAACGAGCCCAUGGUCAACCAGUACAUUUCGCUACCAAAGGAGCUGUCAAGUCUCAACUGCGCGGCGUUUGUGGCGGGCAUUAUCGAAGGCGUGUGCGAUGGUGCGGGGUUCCCGACUGAGGGUGUUACGGCGCAUAGUGUGGGCGAGGAGGAAGGUAAGGAUGGGAAGGGGCUUUGGCCGGGGAAGACAGUGUUUUUGAUCAAGUUUAAGCCGGAGGUGUUAGAGAGGGAGGAGAUUUUGGGGAGGGGUGGGGGAUGAGUGGCGGUAGGAAAUGGAUGGGCAUGCGUGAUGAAAUAUUUGCAUAGCGAGGGCGUUUUGGGCUGGGUUGCAUUUCUGGUUUCUGGAUAUUUUUGGUCCUUGCAGCGCGUGUGUCAAUUAUACAUAUGUUCGAUUCCAAGGUCGGGUGCGCUGAAAUGGGUAGGCUUUCUGCUGAAUACAUGUGAUAUGAAAGUCAUUUUUGGGCGUAUGUGACCAACGCGCAAAUACACUUUGUGUGAUCAGAACUCUACUUAUUACUAUCACCG